UCGGCUGUCGUGAGGGGCUGCCGGGUGGGAUGCGACUUUGGGCGUCCGAGCGGCUGUGGGUCGCAGUUGCCCCGGGCCCGGGGUCUGGAGAGCCGAGAUCCCCUCAGUGAGGGGAAGGAGGAGGGGGAACUGGGCACACCUGGUGACCCUGAGGUUCCGGCUCCUCCGCCCCGCGGCCGCGAACCCACCAACGGAGGAAGUUGGUUGAAAUUGCUUUCCGCCGCUGGUGCUGGUACCGAGGGUAUUGUCACAGUAGCAGCAACAUGUCGACUGGGGACAGUUUUGAGACUCGGUUUGAAAAAAUCGACAACCUGCUGCGAGAUCCCAAAUCGGAAGUGAAUUCUGAUUGUUUGCUGGAUGGAUUGGAUGCUUUGGUAUAUGAUUUGGAUUUUCCUGCCUUAAGAAAAAACAAAAAUAUUGACAACUUUUUAAGCAGAUAUAAAGACACAAUAAAUAAAAUUAGAGAUUUACGAAUGAAAGCCGAAGAUUAUGAAGUAGUGAAGGUGAUUGGCAGAGGUGCAUUUGGAGAAGUUCAAUUGGUAAGGCAUAAAUCCACCAGGAAGGUAUAUGCUAUGAAGCUUCUCAGCAAAUUUGAAAUGAUUAAGAGAUCUGAUUCUGCUUUUUUCUGGGAAGAAAGGGACAUCAUGGCUUUUGCUAACAGCCCUUGGGUUGUUCAGCUUUUUUAUGCAUUCCAAGAUGACCGUUAUCUCUACAUGGUGAUGGAAUACAUGCCUGGUGGAGAUCUUGUAAACUUAAUGAGCAACUAUGAUGUGCCUGAAAAAUGGGCACGAUUCUAUACUGCAGAAGUUGUCCUUGCAUUAGAUGCGAUCCAUUCCAUGGGUUUUAUUCAUAGAGAUGUGAAGCCUGAUAACAUGCUGCUGGAUAAAUCUGGACAUUUGAAGUUAGCCGAUUUUGGUACUUGUAUGAAGAUGAAUAAGGAAGGUAUGGUACGAUGUGAUACAGCAGUUGGAACACCUGAUUAUAUUUCCCCUGAAGUAUUAAAAUCUCAAGGUGGUGAUGGUUAUUAUGGACGAGAAUGUGACUGGUGGUCAGUUGGGGUAUUUUUAUAUGAAAUGCUUGUAGGUGAUACACCUUUUUAUGCAGAUUCUCUGGUUGGAACUUACAGUAAGAUUAUGAACCAUAAAAAUUCACUUACCUUCCCUGACGAUAAUGACAUAUCAAAAGAAGCAAAAAAUCUUAUUUGUGCCUUCCUUACUGACAGAGAGGUGAGAUUAGGGCGAAAUGGUGUAGAAGAAAUCAAACGACACCUCUUCUUCAAAAAUGAUCAGUGGGCUUGGGAAACACUUCGAGACACUGUAGCACCAGUUGUACCUGAUUUGAGUAGUGACAUUGAUACAAGUAACUUUGAUGACUUGGAAGAAGAUAAAGGAGAUGAGGAAACAUUCCCUAUACCUAAAGCUUUUGUUGGCAAUCAACUACCUUUUGUAGGAUUUACAUAUUAUAGCAAUCGUAGAUACUUAUCUUCAGCAAAUCCUAAUGAUAACAGAGCUAGCUCCAAUGCGGAUAAAAGCUUGCAGGAAAGUUUGCAAAAAACAAUUUAUAAGCUGGAAGAACAGCUGCAUAAUGAAAUGCAAUUAAAAGAUGAAAUGGAGCAGAAGUGCAGAACUUCAAACAUUAAACUAGACAAAAUAAUGAAAGAAUUGGAUGAAGAGGGGAAUCAAAGAAGAAAUCUAGAAUCUACAGUGUCUCAGAUUGAAAAAGAAAAGAUGUUGCUACAGCAUAGAAUUAAUGAGUACCAAAGAAAAGCAGAACAGGAAAAUGAAAAGAGGAGAAAUGUAGAAAAUGAAGUUUCUACAUUAAAGGAUCAGUUGGAAGACUUAAGGAAAGUAAGUCAGAAUUCACAGCAUGCUAAUGAGAAGGUGGCACAAUUACAAAAGCAGCUGGAAGAAGCCAAUGACUUACUUAGGACAGAAUCAGACACAGCUGUAAGAUUAAGGAAGAGUCACACAGAGAUGAGCAAGUCAAUUAGUCAGCUAGAGUCCCUGAACAGAGAAUUGCAGGAGAGAAGUAGAAUUUUAGAGAAUUCCAAGUCACAAACGGACAAGGAGUUUUACCAGCUGCAAGCUGCAUUAGAAGCUGAACGAAGAGACAGAGGUCAUGAUUCUGAGAUGAUUGGAGACCUUCAAGCUCGAAUUACAUCUUUACAAGAGGAGGUGAAGCAUCUCAAACAUAAUCUUGAAAGAGUAGAAGAAGAAAGAAAAGAGGCUCAAGACAUGCUUAAUCAUUCAGAAAAGGAAAAGAAUAAUUUAGAGAUAGAUUUAAACUAUAAGCUUAAAUCGUUACAACAACGGUUAGAACAAGAGGUAAAUGAACAUAAAGUAACCAAAGCUCGUUUAACUGACAAACAUCAAUCUAUUGAAGAAGCAAAGUCUGUUGCAAUGUAUGAGAUGGAAAAAAAGCUGAAGGAAGAGAGAGAAGCUCGAGAGAAGGCUGAAAAUAGGGUUGUUCAGAUUGAGAAACAGUGUUCCAUGCUAGAUGUUGAUCUGAAACAAUCUCAGCAGAAGCUGGAGCAUUUGACUGAAAGUAAAGAAAGAAUGGAGGAUGAAGUUAAGAAUCUCACUCUGCAGUUGGAACAGGAAUCAAAUAAGAGACUGUUGUUACAGAAUGAAUUGAAGACUCAAGCAUUUGAGGCAGACAAUUUAAAAGGUCUAGAAAAGCAGAUGAAACAGGAAAUAAAUACUUUACUGGAAGCAAAGAGAUUAUUAGAAUUUGAGUUAGCUCAGCUUACAAAACAAUAUAGAGGAAAUGAGGGACAGAUGCGGGAACUGCAAGACCAACUUGAAGCUGAGCAAUAUUUCUCGACACUUUAUAAAACCCAGGUAAAGGAACUUAAGGAAGAAAUUGAAGAAAAAAACAGAGAAAAUUUAAAGAAAAUACAGGAACUACAAAAUGAGAAAGAGACUCUUGUUACUCAGUUGGAUCUAGCAGAAACAAAAGCUGAAUCUGAGCAGUUGGCUCGAGGGCUUUUAGAAGAACAGUACUUUGAAUUGACCCAAGAAAGCAAGAAAGCUGCUUCAAGAAAUAGACAAGAGAUUACAGAUAAAGAUCACACUCUUAGUCGGCUCGAGGAAAUGAACAGCAUGCUAACCAAAGAUGUUGACUUACUAAGAAAAGAAAAUGAAGAGCUAACUGAUAAAAUGAGGAAAUCAGAGGAAGAGUAUAAACUGAAGAAAGAGGAGGAGAUCAGUAAUCUUAAGGCUGCCUUUGAAAAGAAUAUUAAUACAGAACGAACACUUAAAACACAGGCUGUUAACAAGUUGGCAGAAAUAAUGAAUCGAAAAGAUUUUAAAAUUGAUAGAAAGAAAGCUAAUACACAGGAUUUGAGGAAGAAAGAAAAGGAAAAUCGAAAGCUACAGCUGGAACUCAACCAAGAAAGAGAGAAAUUCAACCAGAUGGUAGUGAAACAUCAGAAGGAACUGAAUGACAUGCAAGCGCAAUUGGUAGAAGAAUGUACACAUAGGAAUGAGCUUCAGAUGCAGUUGGCUAGCAAAGAGAGUGAUAUCGAGCAAUUGCGUGCUAAACUUUUGGACCUUUCGGAUUCUACGAGUGUUGCUAGUUUUCCUAGUGCUGAUGAAACUGAUGGAAACCUUCCAGAGUCAAGAAUUGAAGGUUGGCUUUCAAUACCAAAUAGAGGAAAUAUCAAACGAUAUGGCUGGAAGAAACAGUAUGUUGUGGUAAGCAGCAAAAAAAUUUUGUUUUAUAAUGAUGAACAAGAUAAGGAGCAAUCCAAUCCAUCUAUGGUAUUGGACAUAGAUAAAUUGUUUCAUGUUCGACCUGUAACCCAAGGAGAUGUGUACAGGGCCGAAACUGAAGAAAUUCCUAAAAUAUUCCAGAUACUAUAUGCAAAUGAAGGUGAAUGUAGAAAAGAUGUAGAGAUGGAACCAGUACAACAAGCUGAAAAAACUAAUUUUCAAAAUCACAAAGGCCAUGAGUUCAUUCCUACGCUCUACCACUUUCCCGCCAACUGUGAGGCCUGUGCCAAACCUCUAUGGCAUGUUUUUAAGCCACCCCCUGCCCUAGAAUGUCGAAGAUGCCAUGUUAAGUGCCACAGAGAUCACUUAGAUAAGAAAGAGGACUUAAUUUCUCCAUGUAAAGUAAGUUAUGAUGUAACAUCAGCAAGAGAUAUGCUGUUGUUAGCAUGUUCUCAGGAUGAACAAAAAAAAUGGGUAACUCAUUUAGUAAAGAAGAUACCUAAGAAUCCGCCAUCUGGUUUUGUUCGUGCAUCCCCUCGAACACUUUCUACAAGAUCCACUGCAAAUCAGUCUUUCCGGAAAGUGGUCAAAAAUACAUCUGGAAAAACUAGGUAA